AUGCAUAGCAGAUGGAAUGGUUAUGAAGAGUACAGUUUAUUGGGUUGUGGGGUUUAUCCCCUUCGACUUACGUCAAAGUUUACCCCUUCUUCCCCCGCACCUCGCAUGAGUGAUGUUGUUGAAGAGGGUGAGGAAGAGCAGGAGGAUAUUGUAGAUGAAGCACUUUAUUUCUUUAAACCUCAUAUGUUUUUCCGUACCUUUCCUAUCAAAGGUUCUGGAGACCGCGUGAUUUUGUAUCUGACGAUGUAUCUUCACGAGUGUCUCCAAAAAAUUAUUGGAUUGAAACGCGAAGAAGCAGUUUCCACAUUGAUAAAUUAUGCUACACUAUCGUUUGCUUCACCUGGUGAUAAAAACUUCCGUUUCAACAAUUUCUUUCCUGCAGGGGAUCAAUCUGAAGAAGAAAAGUGGAAGGAGUACGCAAAACAAAUUCGUAUGGAGGCCGGCGUCCGACUCAUAGAGAAAGUUUUUCUUUUCCCAGAAAAGGAUGGCACAGGGAAUAAAUUCUGGAUGGCAUUUGCUAAGAGACCGUUCUUAACUUCAGAUUAG